AUGAGAUCUGUGCGCUACUUUAUCUCAGAAAAACUCAUUUUUGGAGUAAUUCUUCUUGGCUCUAUGAAAGCUACAUAUUCUGAAAACCUUUUAGAACCUUUUCGUGUACGUAUUGAAGAAUGUUCAACAGAAACUAUUGCAGUAGGUGAAAACUUAGCAUAUUGUUUAUCCUGUGUUCAAAAUGUUAAAGAAGACUGCAACAAAUUCUGUACAUCCUUAAUACAAAGUCAAGAUACUUGCAGUCGCUCUUGUUGGGGAUUUGCUAAGUAUGGAACAUUCUCUUGUAAAAGCAAUGUUGGAUAG